CACAGUCGCUGGUUUUUGUUGUAAUGGAAUAAUGAAGGAAUUAAACGUAUGGAGUAGAAUAAUAAUACGGAUAUAAAUAGCACAGGAUGGUGAAACAGGAGAAUUUUGAACUGAUUUAUUCAAGUAGUAACUCUACAUAUUCAUCUGGUGAAAGUGUUACGGGACAAGUGUCUCUUAUCCUGGAAGAUCCAAUGAAAAUUAGAGGAAUACGGGUUACCUUCUUUGGAAAAGCUCAUGUAAAAUGGACAGAAAGAUUAAAGACUGAGGAUGGAGAACGUAAAGAGACUGAAACAGUUGAACAGACAGCGGAAGAAGUUUAUUUUAACGAGAGAUUGUUAAUAUGGGGAGAAGAUGUAGAUAGCGAACAUAAUGAAAUCCUUGCUGCUGGAAAACACAACUUCCCAUUCAACUUCCAGUUACCAGAAGGCUUGCCAUCAUCAUUUGAAAGCCGUUAUGGUUACGUUAGAUAUUAUGCACGAGCUACUAUUGACAAAGCAUGGAAAAAAGAUGACCAUGUUCAGAAACCAUUCAUAGUUCUUGGUCAUCACGAUCUUAAUAAAGCAGCACUGGCCACGGGAAGAUUUGAUCAUAAUGCAGAAGAAACUGUGUGUUGUGGGUGCUGUAGAAUGGGUGUGUUCGGUUUAGAAUUGUCAAUGGCUAAACGAGGUUUCGUUGUUGGCGAUGAAAUAGAAUUAACUGCUCGGAUUAACAAUCAUACACGUACUGCUUGUGUUUCACACCUAUUGAUGAAAAUGACAAUAAAUUUACGUUCAUCUGAUAAAGUGAAAACAGAGGAAGUGAUUAUUGGUCAAGCAUCUCACGUGACACAUCCCGGUGUCACUGAUACCUGGAUAAGUCCAUUGCAGAUUCCAGAUGUACCUCCUUCCGGUCUGGCUGGUUGCGGAAUAAUCGACCCCAAAUAUAACCUCCAGUAUACUCUGGAGCCGUCGGGGUGUAAUUGUGACUCUAUAGAAGUUUGUAUAGGAAUAAUUGUAGGUACAGUACCCGUACAGGCAGAGGAAGAGAAGUUGGCGCCAAAAGUCAGUAAUGAAGAUUUAUAAGUGAUGUGUCAUCAAAUUGUAAUUUUUUGUUCUUAUAUAAAGUGGAAUUAUUGCUCACAGUGUGUUUCCCAGUUCAGGUUUUAUU